GUGCUUGCUUACACUGGCCCAGCUGACUAAGCUGGCAAAGCAUGAAAGUGCUGCCAUCUUCGAGGAGGCAGCGCCUGAUCAGUUUGUCUUGUUUUUGGUUGCUUUGCGCCUCAGCUUGGCCAGCUUCCGCUCCACCGUUUUGGUGGCAGAGACUGGGCUCUUCCGAGCAUGUGAGAGCGCGCGAAUUGUGCAGCAUCUCGAAUGUGGUGGAACAUAUCAUUUCGCAUAUCCUGAGAGUAGAGCCGCGCCAGCCGAGGAACCUAUUGGCGAGGCCUUCCGCGAUUUCCCUUGCACGCAAUGCAGCGAUUGGGGCGCAAAUUGGUUGAGCCCAGAUUUGGCAGCCUAUGGUGUGCUAAGAGCACCCACGGCUGCAUUGUUCAUCGAGUACGACGGGUACUACCGCCACAUGGAGCCGUCAGGUCUUGCAAGAGAUAUGCGCAAGACGAACGCCUUACGACGUUUCGGUCCAGCAGGAUCCUUGGUAAUUCGAAUUGCCCAUGGGAAUCGAGAGUGGAGGGACAAGUCUGUGCAAAUAGAAGUUGACACAUGGUACCCCGAGCACUCUCCUUCCUUGUUUAAAACGGUAGAGCAAGUGGUGGCUUUUCUCUUGCGACGUUGCCGUGGGAAGCUGAGCGCAGCUUUGGUUUCACGCCUGGAGUUACUUGAGGGGCAAGGAAUUGAUGCAAAGGGUUGCAUCUUCGCGAAACAGGCAGAAGUGAUUGGAACUUCAAACAAACUGCCACAAGUUGAGAAAUAUCUAUUGGGAAGCUUGUGUAUGACGAGGCAUGACGUUGCCAAAGUGGUCGCUUCUUUUCCGCCAGUGCUUGGCUACAGCGUUGAGGCAAAUCUGAAGCCCACUGUGGAGUGGAUCAAGGGUUUGGGCUUGAGCCAGUCACAGGUCGCCAAGGUGAUCGCGACGUCCCCUCCAGUGCUUGGCCUAAGCAUUGAGGCAAAUCUGAAGCCCACUGUGGAGUGGAUCAAGGGUUUGGGCUUGAGCCAGUCACAGGUCGCCAAGGUGGUCGCUUCUUGUCCGCAAGUGCUUGGCUACAGCAUUGAGGCAAAUCUGAAGCCCACUGUGGAGUGGAUCAAGGGUUUGGGCUUGAGCCAGUCACAGGUCGCCAAGGUGGUCGCUUCUUUUCCGCAAGUGCUUGGCUACAGCAUUGUAACAAAUCUGAAGCCCACUGUGGAGUGGAUCAGGGGUUUGGGCUUGAGCCAGUCACAGGUUGCCAAGGUGGUCGCUUCUUUUCCGCAAGUGCUUGGCCUAAGCAUUACAACAAAUUUGGCCGUCAAAUGCAAUCUUGUUCGGCAGUAUUUCGUCGGGAAGAGCGUAGCAGAUUUGUUUGCACAAGAACUGAUUCUUGAUACGGGCGGGUCUUCACGAAAGCUUUGCAAGGAAGCGCCACGAGAUCCGCAACGCGAUGCCAUGCAG